UCCCUUAUUGGGAAAUCGUCGUAAACUAAACAAGUGUUUUCAUCACGUUUUACCAUAAAAAUAGCAAUGUAAACCAAGAGAACUGUGCAGAUACUGACAGGAGAAGGUUUUGAUGUUGGGGUAGAACAUCUAGGUGAUUUGAAAACAUUCAGGAAGUUAUUAUUCGCAUGUUAGAAAAUAUGGCCAGCCAUGAUGGUCUACCUAGAGAGGGAAAGAAGGAAUCUCAUGGUAACAGUCGCAGCAAGAAGAAAACAUCCCAGCAACAAAAUGUCUACUCUCAUCUACCCAUGGACAGGAAAGCUAAAAACAAACUUGACCGCAGUGUGACAGAAGCAUCUCGACCCUGUGAGGAGCACUCAUUCCUAACUGAUGUUGCCGAUGUGAGGGAAAUGGAGCAGGGCCUGUUGGGAUUACUGGAAGACUUCCAUUCAGGGAAACUACGAGCCUUUGGUGGGGGUGCAACGUUCGAGAAGAUGGACCAGAUCCGGGAGCAGCAGGAGAAGUUGGCCCGACUCCACUUUGAGAUGGACAUCCAGCAGGACAUGCACAGGUUGAAUUCAGAUGAGGCGAGGACAACUGCUAAUGACAAUCUCUCCAAACUCAUUGACCAGCUUCAUGGACUCAGUACCUCCAUUCAAACUCUCCAGACUCAUGACACAAAUAGCGGGGCAGGAGCAGGAGCAGACGGCAAGUUCUGAUUGGUUAAGACACGAAGGAGGAGUGACAUACACUGCUUCUGAUUGGUCAGGACUCAAAUUGGAAGUAGACUAUGCUGUUUCUGAUUGGUUAACAGAAGUCAGGCAUCAAAUCAUUCCUGGAGUCUUGAUUAUGGUGUUUAUGAUAUGAAUCAGUAAUAAAUAUUGGUUGUGUCCUUAUGAGGAACUGAUUAGUUUAAUUAACUAGAUGAAUUCAAGCAUGUGAUGGAGUGAGAUCUGUUGAAAGUCCUGAUUAUUGAAACAAUCGGGGUUGACCUAGUCUGUUAUUGUUAAUUAUACAUGAUCUAUUUAUCAGACAAUAUUUGUGGUGUCAUUUGACUUGUUUUACAACAUUUUCUUAAAAAUGUUAAACUUAUUUAUUUGAUUCCAAAAUGUCUCUCAAGAUACACAUACAGAGUUCAGCUCAUCUGCUUUUAACCACUGCAUAAUUAACAGUGUAUAUAUUUCAGAGGGGACCUAAGCAAACAACACUAGUCAUAUGUUUACUGUAAGAAGCAUUGUAUCACAUUUUUGUAGCAAUGCUGUGCAAUGCCUGCUUUAAAGGUUCAGGACUGUUAUAUAUAUCGCGAUUAUCCAGUGUCUCCAUUCUAUCACAAUACAUAGCCAAGACCCGUUCGCCAUCAUUACUUCAUUUCAGAAGCUGCUCUGUUAUCAGUAAUUUAGUAAGUCCCCUACACAGAGAGUUGGAUUGCUAUUUUCACAUUGUGUCAUUCAAAUUGGGCUGAAAAGGAAACUAGCGAAUUGGUCAAGGGUAUUUGUCAGAAUAGAAAUUUAACGUCACAUCGGCAAUAUUUCAGCCCUAUCAUAACGAUUUAUUAGAAUUAAAAGGAGAUAUUAUACACUGGAUAAUUGAGGAUGUUCUGUAUUUGGCUGUGGCCAUACUAUAUCUAAGCACGUUGUGUAAAGGUUCCAAAGCAAUAAUUGUCAUAACCUCGAACACACAGUGAAAACAAUAUUUAUUACCAUAAAUAAAGACAUAGUCAUUGUUUUCAAUGUCGAGUUGUUAGGCAGAAUUAUUACUUGUUGAUAACUACAUAUUUCAUACCAGUAUAUUUAUGAGUUUUUCACAUUGGAAGUAUUGCCAACAAACACAGUCCAAAUCCAAUAUGUAAGAUAAAUGUUUGAAGAAGUCAACAUAAAUCAAUGCACAUGUUUUAUUUUGUUAGGCUAAAAAAAAAAAUAGUUUUAGUUCUCAGGCACCGCCUGCAUCAUCAGAAAGUCUGCUGCACAUUUCCUUUUUAUUUCCAUUUUCAAAAAACGUGAAAAAAUCCUUAUACUUAAAAACAAUGCGAUCCAAUAUAGCACACAGUUACUUCCCUUUACAUGCGCACUGCUUUACUGUGCAUCUUGUGUUAUGG